GUAGCGCUAAAAAGCCGAAGGAAGCCAUGAAGCAAAGUUUGCUCUUUGCAAAAUUGCAUUCCAUUGUGAUAAUAAACAGCUAGAAAGUUAAAUCUUAGCAAGCACAUUUAUUGAAAUUUUUUACCUGUACGUUUUUUUAUAGACUAGUUUACAAUUAUCCAACAAACCAAGUACGAUCCAAAGCCGCGCAGCCCGCUCCCUCGCCGCAUGGGACUUGGUCGGUGUGGUGUCCCCAUCGAUAUUCGUCAAGAAAUGUGGAACUAUUCAACGAGUUGAAUUCACAGGUAGGCCACAACGUGCAAGUAAAGAUGUUGGGAAUAUCACUUCGUCAGUGCGUUCCCGCGGCGGCGAAGGGGGCCCGGAGCUUCAACACAUGGUCCAAGCCGCGCGACCCUCGCACCUACGGCGAAACCUUAGGCCGCACGCUGAGGAGGCCGAAUUUCGAAAACCUCCCCCUCAAGCCCUUCCGUAAGAACUUUUACGUCGAAAGCGACGUGACCGCGUCGAGAGCGCAGCGAGAGAUUGACGCCUUCCGGGCCCAACACGAAAUCUCCGUCCACGGGCACGGAACUGACCCCCGUCCCGUGCUCACCCUCGACGAGUGCAACUUCCCGGAGCCGUGUCGCGAGCUUUUCCGGAGUAAGAAUUUCACCGAGCCGUCUCCGAUCCAGGCGCAGGCCUGGCCCGUCGUUCUGGGCGGCAGGGACCUGGUGGGUAUCGCGCAGACGGGCUCGGGCAAGACGCUCGCGUACGUCCUCCCCGCCGCCAUCCACAUGUCGGACCAACCACAGCCGGAACGCGACGAGGGCCCCAUCGGCGUCGUGCUGGCUCCCACCCGAGAACUUGUGCAACAGAUCUCCCAGGUCGCGUACGAGUGGUGCGGAGGCGCCUUCCGCCUCAAGGGCGCCCCGGUGUACGGCGGCGUCUCCAAGGGCCCGCAGAUCGCUAGGCUGCAGGGCGGCGCUCACAUCUGCAUCGCCACCCCGGGUCGCCUUCUCGACAUCCUCGAGACGGGGGCCAUUAACCUGCUCCGCUGCUCGUACCUGGUGCUGGACGAAGCCGACCGCAUGCUGGACAUGGGCUUCGAGCCGCAGAUCCGCAAGAUCGUCGACCAGACCCGUCCGGACCGGCAGACGGUCAUGUGGAGCGCCACUUGGCCCAGCGAGGUGCGCGACCUGGCUGAAGAGUUCCUCACCGACCACGUCCAGAUAACGGUCGGCUCCGAAGACCUCUGCGCCAACCACAACAUCCGACAGGUUGUGCACGUCUGCCAGGGGUUUGAGAAGGAGGAAAAGCUCCUGGAGACUCUACGCGAGAUCAAUGCAGAAGGCGACCAGCGCACGCUCAUCUUCGUCGCGACCAAGGCCCGUGUGGUAACCAUAGUGCAGAACCUGUACAAGAAUGGCUUCCGGGCGGUCGCCACCCACGGAGACCUCUCCCAGAACAAGCGAGACAUUGCCUUGGACCGCUUCCGAAGCGGCAAGACUCCAAUUUUGGUCGCCACCGACGUGGCUGCCAGAGGGCUGGACGUGAGCGACAUCAAGUACGUCAUCAACUACGACUACCCGGACACCUCAGAGAGCUAUGUCCAUCGUAUUGGUCGCACUGGAAGGAGUAAUCGCUCAGGAACGGCCAUCACUCUGUUCACACCGGACAAUGCCGGCCAGGCGAAGCAGCUGGUCUCGGUGUUGCAGGAAGCCAAGCAGGAAGUUAAUCCGGAGCUGUUGGAGUUGGUGGAUCGGCAAGUGUCUCAGAAGUUUGCCAACAGGCGGAGGAGGCCGGCGCAACAGAGCUGGGACAGGCGGCCACAGCACCGCCAGGGAGAUCGCUUCGGAGACUACGCCCAAGAAACCAGAGGCUGGGGCUAACAUGGCACCUGCAGAGUUGUGUCUUGACGGGAGACUUAUGUCACAUAGAUGGGCCAGGAUGCUGAAUCAUUUCCACCUUAUGUUAGUUUGAAUCACGAUAUCUCUGGAAAGCUUACGACUGUUAGCAAGUUUGUAAACAUUGUCCUGGCUUAUAGCUACCUCUCUGUGUUUGGUAGGUUCUUAGCCAUAGCCAUCAGAAACCAGCAUUUUUUAGUGCUGUAUAAUUAAAAAAAUAAAUCUAUGUAACCUGUUCUAA